AUGCAGGAAUAUUUCGAGGCAAAGCUGGUGGAAGCAUUGCUGACGGAUGAAGAUGAUGAUAAGGAUUACUUGGAAGAUGGCGAUGGAGAGGAUGAUGAUGAAGCACAAAUGGAGGCAAGCCUUGAAGCAAAAAGUGAUGCUGGAUUGCUGUCAAUCAUACGACAUGCAUUUUCGCACCUUCUCGGCACUGUAAAGCUGAUGCCGGAAAUGCCUUGGUGGCUGAAGGAGGGUGAAGAAUGGCCGGUCGAUAGUGCUACAAAUGAACAGUUCAUUCGAUUCCGCUAUAAUAAGAGCCACAACCACGAAGACAACAGCCGCACUAUUCAGACCAUUUUCAGGUAUAUUCUUGCCAAUGGUGCUGAGUACAGUCCUGCUGCUGUACAGCUGCAGGUGGAGGAACUGGAUGAGGACUCCUUGUCAUUGCAAGCCUGA